ACGGGCACUUUGAGUGGGUUGUCAUGCCAUUUGGCCUCACCAAUGCCCCCGCGACUUUCCAAGCAGCUAUGACGACUGAGUUUCACGACUUGCUUGAUCGCAGCGUCCUCAUCUACCUCGAUGACAUCUUGGUUUAUAGUAGGACGUUGGACGAGCACAUCGUACACCUUCGCGCUGUUUUGGAUCGUUUGCGACUGGCCAAGUACAAAGCGAAUCGUGACAAGUGCGAGUUCGCCAAGCAGGAGCUUGAGUACUUGGGUCACUAUGUCACGCCGAAAGGCAUUCGUCCCUUAGUGGACAAGAUCCAAGCCAUCGUGGAUUGGUCGGAACCCCGUUGCACGACGGAUGUACGCUCUUUCAUGGGUUUGGCUGGAUAUUAUCAGCGAUUCGUCGAGUCAUACUCGAAAGUGGCCGCUCCCUUGUUGAGACUUCAGUCCCCAAAGGUGCCCUUCGAGUUCGACGACGCAGCCCGUGGCGCGUUCAAUACGUUGAAGGCAGCAAUGCAAGCCGCACCUGCCCUCCGUAUAUACGACCCCACCCUUCCCACCCAAGUGACUACGGACGCUUUGGGAUACGGUAUUGGUGCGGUGUUGGAACAGUGUCACGAGGACGGUUGGCACCCGGUCGAGUAUUUCUCCCAAAAAGUGUCUCUCGUCAACACUCUCGACGACGCUAGAAAGAAAGAGUUACUCGCGUUCCUCACCGUUCUCAAACGGUGGUGCCACUUUCUUCUCGGUCGUCGGCGUUUUAAAUGGAAUACGGACAACAAUCCGUUGACCUUUUACAAAACGCAGGAUACGGUCACUAGCACGAUCGGUCGAUGGAUGUAUUACAUCGACCAGUUCGACUUUGACCCGUGCCACAUUCCCGGUCCCGCCAAUCGAGCUGCGGACGCCCUCUCACGACGGCCCGAUUUUUGUGCCAUUGUGACCACGGCAUUCGACCUCGAUGACGAUCUGCAACCGCAUUUCGUCAAAGGCUACAAGUCCGAUCCGACUUACUCUACGCUUUACGCAGAGCUUUCAUCGGAUCACCCGCCGGCUAGCCCUGAUGAGACCACAUCAAAGAAGUGGCAGGAAGAAGCACAGCGUAAGGAGGCCCUGCUGCGGAGUGUUCGUGCCAAGAUCAGAGAACUUAGGGAGGAACUUUCUCAGAAGCAGACGGAAUCUGAAGCUGCAGUGGACAGAGAGCUGAGGGGAAAAUUGGCCGCUGAGGAGGAGGCCGCUCGGGCGUGUGCAGCUGAGGCAGCUCUGGCCACGCUGUCAUUGUCAUUUGUUCAGAUUGCUCUCCGGUUGGCAUCAACAAUGAAAACGAUUGCGUCAAAGGCCAUGAUGUAUUGCAAGCGGUCACCCUCAUGCGCUUGGGACAUAGAACCUGAGGAGGCAGCAAGAAUGGUUGACCUUUCAGUUGACGAGGUGAACGACAUUCUUUCGCUUGGAUCGUCAAAUAUGAUUCCCAUCCAAGUGCUACGACAGCUCGAUAACGAAGGUGGCACCUCCGUAGGUCCAGCAGUUACUCGUAAAUGUCUCGCGCAGCUUCAUAGGGUGAUUGCAUCCCUGCAUCGCACAAGUCCUCCAGUGCAAUCGAAGAGUGCUGUCAACAGAGAGCUGCGGUCAAAGCCCAUGCGGGAGCGGGAGGUAAAGUCCGCUGAGCGAAGCAAAUCCAUUUAUCAUGCCGAUCCACAGUGUUAUGCAAGUGACCUGCUCCGAGCUGUCGAUGCUGUAGAAGAGGAGGCAGUGAGAUCAGAAGCUGCUAGCCUGAGGAUCGGACAGAGAAAGCUUAAACUUCCAAGGGGCAUCGCACCACAGCUGUUGAAGGAUGGAGUGGAGCCCAAGGGCUGGGCCGAGGAAACCUAAUCUCUCAAGGGGCACUCUGCACCAGAGUUGCUGAGCAAUACAGGUGCAAAAUUAUUGACAAAGAGAAAGGACAAUCAAGCAUGAGGAAAUGA